AGCUGCACUGCUUUUCUGUGGGAGAGAGAGAGAGAGAGAGGACACUGCAGUACAGCACCAUGGCAGCAAACACAUACGACGUGAUAGUGAUUGGCGGCGGCAUUUCAGGUUUAAGUGCAGCUAAGCUGUUGGUGAAGAGUGGUUUAAACCCUGUGGUGUUGGAAGCCAGAGACCGUGUUGGUGGAAGAACUUUCACUGUUCAGAAUAAACAUGCCAAAUGGGUGGAUUUGGGCGGAGCGUACAUCGGGCCCACUCAAAAUCGGAUUCUGCGUCUGGCCAAGGAGUACGGGGUUCAGACUUACAGAGUCAACGAAGAAGAGUCCCUAGUGCACUUUGUGAAGGGGAAGUCAUAUCCAUUCAAGGGGCCUUUUCCCCCAAUGUGGAACCCUUUAGCUCUGAUGGACUACAACAACCUCUGGAGGGUUAUGGACAAGAUGGGUAUGGAGAUCCCAAGAGAAGCUCCAUGGAGGGCCCCGCAUGCUGAAGAGUGGGAUAAAAUGACCAUGAAAGAGCUCUUGGAGAAGGUUUGCUGGACAAGCGCUGCCCGCCAUUUUGCCACACUGUUUGUUAAUGUGAAUGUGACCUCAGAACCUCAUGAGGUUUCCGCUCUCUGGUUUCUCUGGUAUGUCAAGCAGUGCGGAGGCACCAUGAGGAUCUUCUCCACCAGUAAUGGAGGCCAGGAGCGCAAGUUUGUAGGAGGGUCAAAUCAGAUCAGUGAGUGCAUGGCCAGGGAGCUGGGAGACAGGGUCAAGCUUCAGAGUGCUGUCUACAGCAUUGACCAGAGUGGAGACAUGGUGGAAGUCAAGACCAUCAAUGAGGAGACAUAUAAGGCAAAAUAUGUUAUUGUUGCCAUACCACCAGGGUUGAACGUGAAGAUCCACUUUAACCCUGAACUUCCGCCACUGAGGAAUCAACUUAUCCACAGAGUACCCAUGGGCUCAGUCAUCAAGUGCAUGGUCUACUACAGGGAAAACUUCUGGAGGAAGAAGGGCUACUGUGGAACCAUGGUUAUCGAAGACGAGGAGGCGCCUAUUGGACUGACUCUAGAUGACACUAAGCCUGAUGGAACAGUGCCAGCCAUUAUGGGUUUCAUCCUUGCACGCAAAAGCAGGAGGCUUGCUGGACUCACCAAGGAAGAAAGAAAGAAGAGGAUCUGUGAGAUCUAUGCACGUGUCCUAGGCUCUGACGAAGCUUUGCAUCCUGUGCACUAUGAGGAAAAGAACUGGAAUGAGGAUGAAUACUCUGGUGGCUGCUAUACAGCCAGCAUCCCCCCCGGAGUCCUCACUCAGUAUGGCAAAGUCCUGAGGGAGCCUGUGGGUAGACUUUACUUCGCAGGCACUGAGACAGCUACAGAGUGGAGUGGAUAUAUGGAAGGGGCUGUACAGGCCGGGGAGAGAGCAGUCAGGGAGAUUUUGUUUACAAUGGGGAGACUGCAUUCAAGUCAGAUCUGGCAAACAGAGCCUGAGUCAUUGGAUGUCCCUGCUUUCCCCUUUGUCACCACUUUCUGGGAGAGAAACUUGCCAUCUGUUGGAGGAUUCUUGAAGUUCAUGGGCGUGUCCUCAGUCCUGACGAUUGGCACUAUUGUAGGUGCAGUGGCCUAUAAAAAGGGACUCCUUCCCCGAAGCUAGAGCUCCCACUUUAGUGUCUCCCUGGCCUUGGUUAAGACUGCUUCCUCCAUGCAGUAAUCACACUAAGGCUAUACUACUGACUUGGCGUGAGCUCAUGUCAGUUAUAGAUUUGAUUUAAAACUCAAGCACUUGAUCACCCAAUCACGUUUUAACCAGUGUAAUGAAUAAAAUAUGUAAUCAUUACUGUUGAAAUGGGAGCUGCUUUUUUUCACGGGACACAUAGUCAGAAGUGAGAACUUUUAAGGACGUUUGUCUGGUCACUAAUUUCUAAAAAAUCUCCAAGUCCACAGAGAACAUCAGUAACGUUUCACCAUAUAGUCACGACACAUAUUAUCUUCACGCGCAGUACUGUGUGUGUGUGUGAGAUGAACCAGUCGAUUUGAUUACCUCUGAUAAUUUUAGGUGCUGUUCUAAGGAACUCCUUCCCUGAAGUAGCCGUUCAAACUAUGAGAGACAAAGCUAAAGCAUUAGCUGAAUAUUUCUGUUUAGUUUUAUGAUAGUCUUUCACAAGAGACUUGACAUUUUGAGAAUAUGUCCUCUCUGACGCAUGGCACACUAAGUGCACACAUUUUCCAUUUAGCACAGUUUAGAUGGUUUGAGAAAGCCAUGUUUUGGGGAUUUCUUCAAGCUACUGUGCAUGAUUAUGGCAUUAGUGUCACUUAUGAUUGAUUUUUAAUGAAGGUAUUUGAAUGUAUUCUUUUCUGAUUACAUAUUGUAUAUGAUUUUGAUCAUAAUUUAGGCAGAUGUAAACUUGAUAUACAGUACCAAUCAAAAGUUUGGACACACUCAUUACUAUGAAUGAGUGUGUAUAAACAUUUGACUGAUACUAUAUAUAUUAUGUUUUUGUUACUCUAUUGUCACCCUUUUAACUGUGUUUCAUCAUUCACAUUUAUAUCAUAUCUAUCUACAGGAAGCCCCUUGCAUCAGGUUUUAUCAUUUUCAUAGAAGAGUCAGAGUAAGCCCUUUUUUGCACUUCAUAUUCACGGUUGCACAUAAUAGCAUCUUAGAGUACAAUAUAGAUCUCUGUUUUGUCAAUAGAGAUUGAACAGGUUGAUUCUGAUACUUUAGAUAUGUUUUAAUAUUUCACUGCUAAAACAUAGUUUGCUAAACCAAAAGAAUUUGAAAUUUCUUAAUGUGACGUAAAAUGUGAUUUCGUGAAAAUGAUUGUAACACAUCCAUAAGAAAGACACAAGAAAUGGGACAAAAUGGGGGUUUUUGGUUUGGUUUGGUUUGGUUUGUUUGUUUGUUUGUUUGUUUGUUUGUUUGUUUGUUUGUUUAAAUGAAUAGGUGUGUGUGUGUGUGUGUGUGUGUAAACCUGGUGUUUGUGGAAUGUGUCAUUAUUCCAAAGGUGUGUGUUGUCGUCUGUGGUGCCUUAAUAAUUUAAUAGUGUUUGUCAUUUCUCAAAAGCCUCUGUGAAUGCGCGUGCGCGCGUUUGGUAAACAGCUCCAGGGUCAGUCACUGGCUACUUUAGUGACAAGAUUCCUCUUAUUAAUUAUUAUUAAUUCCUCUCUUCUAGUGUCAUCUCUUUUAGACUAUUUAGAUUGAAUCAGAUAGUGCCAUCAUCAUAUUGUGUUAGUGUCUCAUGUUGGUGCAAUCAUGCUCAUGCUGAUGGGUGGUGACUGAUCUUGAUCUUUCAUGUUUUUGAACCAGCCUAAUGUUACUCACCCCUAAAGUAGCCACUGAUGACCCAGAGAAGACUGAUGUGAACCAGAUGGUAAAUGAAGUACUGACUAUACCAUUAUCUUUAAAACUUUACCUGGAUGAAGUUCCCAUAGCACACGUUACCCUUUCUUGAACCUGGUGGACUAUGAACUGUAAUGGUUCAGUGAUUCUGUCUCUGAUGUCCUUAUGUAACAUUGUGAUUGAUGUAGCCUCUUUGACUGGUGAAUCAUGUCUCCGUACUUUAAUGACGCUUUGCUAAACCAUGGUACAGUCUCUGUACUCCAUGUCUGCUGCUGCUUGCACUAGUCUCCUGUGAGGACCCUUUGUCAAGCCAUGUCCGUUUGCAGUGUCCAGUGUUUUAAUCUUGUAAUUGCAUUACUUGAUCUCUUUGUAUAAAUCCAACAACACAACUGGAUAUAAAAUGUGAAAAGUA